AAAUGCCCCAUUUUUUUUAAUUGAUUUCCUCAGCUAGCCCUUAGCUAACUAGCUAGCUAUACUUACCCUAGCUGAAAUUUCACCUUACUAGCUAGCUAGAUAGCUAUAAAGUUGGCUAGCUAGGCUAAACUUUAGAAUAUCCCCUUUAAAUAGUAAAUUAAAUUUAAUACAACCAACGACCAACUUUUGUAAAAUCAUUAACUAAAAUAACGCUAUAAGCAACGUCUUCAACACUAUCACGUUAGCGCCUACGCGUCUUUUAAUUCGUUGCUUCGCGCAAUGUCACGACAUCGUAUCCGACGUUAAAAAUAACGACCAUUUAUUAAAAAAAGUCAUUCUUGUAACAAACGGCUUCGCGUAUCUAUCGCCCAUAUCUUUUAUAAUGUAUUCUUCAAAAUCAAUUAUUAAUUCACAGCCUGAAGAAGUUUGGGCCGAAUUAAACUCAAGAUUUAUUAAUCAUGACGUCAAGUAUGAAAACGUUCUAUCCGAACAAUUGUUUACAUAUCUUAACAAUAAAGCAACAGCUGCAGGUACAAACAUUGGAUAUGUUCUUGCUUCCGUAAUAACUACAGCUAAUUACAUGACCUCUAAAAAUCACGGUUCGAUUGAAAUAAGAAAUGGUUAUAGCAUUAACCUUAACACAUUUUUCUUGUUUGUUGGACAGCCGUCUACAGGAAAGUCGCCCGCUAUUAAGAUGGCAGUUAAUCAACCAUUAAAGGCUAUUCAAGAAGAUACAGACAUUAUAUCUAACACCACCACAUCUGGCUUGACAAAGUGCCUCUGUACAAGAAAAUGUACAUACAUUGUUAAUGCCGAAAUACAGGAGUACUUGUACAAAAUAUUGAAAAAAAACGAUGAGAAUUACACUGGGGAUAUGGAGAUUCUAUCGAAGAUUUUUAGUAGAGAAAAUGUGUCUAUUCAAUUCAGUACUGAAAAUAACAGAUAUAUACCUGAAAAUUGCGCAUUGUGCAUAUUAGGUAGACAGACCUGGUGGUGGAAUAAUAAGGUUGACCAGUGUAUAAAGGAAAAGAGGAACUUUGGAAAGAGUGGAAGUCAGGUGGUAGUAAAAAUAUUUACUUAGAAGCUAAGCGUCGGGCUCGUACAGCAGUGUAUAAGGCAAAAUCAGAAGCAGAGAGAAACAGAUUUGCGGAUGUGUUAAGAAGGGAAGACCAACGCAACAAGGUAUUUAAGAUA